GCGGAGAUAGAAGCCGGAGAGGGUCCUAUGUGGUGGGCCGAGUUCAUUGGGUUGGGCCUAUCAUUCGGCCCUUCACAAGCUCUGAGUGUACCUGUUUCGCGCCGUCGAUGAGCUCGUCCUUGCGGCCAAUCCUACCGCUGAAGCAUAGUUUCCAGGCACAGGCAGUGCGGUCGAGGGGUUCAAAUCAAGGGCGAACAAACAAAUCGAUCUCUUUCCGGUUCCGUAGUGUAGCAGGGUGCGCUGUUAGAGCCAUCGCCAUCGUUUUCCCUUCUCUUGGAAAGGCCCGUGCGGGCGGGAUUGUGAUCUUGCAGCGAUGUCGAAGAGAGGGCGUGGAGGGGCUAGCGGUAACAAAUUCCGCAUGUCACUGGGUCUCCCAGUGGGUGCGGUUGUUAACUGUGCGGAUAAUACUGGAGCAAAGAAUCUCUAUGUCAUCUCCGUGAAGGGUGUGAAGGGUCGCUUGAAUCGACUGCCUGCGGCAGCGGUUGGCGACAUGGUUAUGGCGACUGUGAAGAAGGGAAAGCCUGACCUGAGGAAGAAAGUGAUGCCUGCCGUUAUUGUGCGACAAAGGAAGCCGUGGAGGAGAAAGGACGGUGUCUUCAUGUACUUCGAAGAUAAUGCGGGAGUUAUUGUGAAUCCAAAGGGAGAAAUGAAGGGGUCGGCUAUAACAGGACCUAUCGGGAAGGAGUGCGCGGACUUGUGGCCCAGGAUUGCAAGCGCCGCGAACGCGAUCGUCUAGCCGAAGUUGUCUUUGCUUCCACCCUCACAGCGCGGUUCCUAAGCUGCUUCUCCGGUAUCAGGCGGUCGUUUGGAUUGAAUCAAGAACUUCGACGACUUCGCGGCCAUCUCUGAGCUGGAACGGCCGAGAGCGCUUACCGUUUGCCUGCACGUGUUGACAUACACAGUGAACCGUUUCGGUGGAAAUGGAAAUGGAAAUGGGAGCGUAAUUAUCCGUAGGGCAGGAAUUGUUAGGUUCUUGUGGUGUCUUAUAUUCCGCCCUCGUCUCUGGUGGUAUUGGUUCUCUCGUGUGCUUAGUGUUUCUUCGCUUCGCCAUCGUCGGCUGACGUUUGAGUAAACUGGCGUCGUGUCGCAUAGACGGAGAGGAAGAGUCGGUCGUUUGCGGAUCGACGUGUAAUUGUUCUGUAGAGGGAAUCGGGUUAUUACCGAAACGAUGCUGGAUCGUUUGGGCUUGACGAGGACCUAACUUACCUAGCGUGAGACGGUGAAGUCUGGUUGCUUCUCUUUCUGCUCUGAUGUUUCGAAAGAGUGAUGAAAGGCUUUGUUGUCCUUGAGGGUAAUUCUUCCCACGAAAAUGUUGUUUGUCGAUUGAUGAAGUUGAUGCAAAAACAAAUCGGGAUCGUGUUUUUUUACGUUAUCGCAUCGCAUUUGGAGUCUGCGGCGUGCUUUGAGCUGUGACGUGGCAUAUGCUGGUUUUGUUGUCCUUCGCGUCCGCAUGUUUGUUGUAUCUGGGUGAGAAUUUGUUUGUGUACAUGAAUGGCGGAUCUCGGAAUGCUCGCAAUGGUCAUAAAUCAAUAAUAGUUAAUAACGAGUUUCAAUGAUUGUGGCAAUUUAGAAUAAGCUGUUAAGUUGUGAUAGUCAUGAGAAUGGAAGUGGUUCGUCUGAUGUGGAGUAUAAUGAAGUAUAGUACUGUGA